AUGGCGUCUUCCCUAAAAGCCCCAGAGCCGUUCUCUUUCUCGUCCCCAAAUCUCGCCGCCGAGUGGAAAAUGUGGCGGCGUCAGUUCGAGUACUACCUGUUGGCCACUCGAAAAGCUGAAACAGAUGAAGAAGUCCUGGUUGGCGUGUUAAUAACUCUCCUAGGGGUAGAGGGCUUUAAGAUCUUUGACACAUUCGUGUUCGCAACGGCUGGCGACGAUAAAAAGAUCAAGCCCGUGCUAGACAAGUUUGACAGCCAUUUCGAACCGCUUAAAAGUGAAGUCUUCGAACGGUUUAAGUUCUUGCGUCGCCAUCAGCAGCCAGGGGAAUCCUUUGACUCUUGGAUAGUGUGCCUCAGAGGCAUGUUGAAAGGAUGUAACUAUGGAACGUCGGUUGAGUCUGUCCUCCGCGACCAAGUAGUACUGGGUAUAGCAGAUACCCAAACACGGGAAAAGCUUCUGUUUGAAAAAUCGUUGGAUCUAGCGAAAGCAUGCGACAUUGUUCGGGCAUGCGAGGCAUCUCGUGCACAGCUAACGCAAAUGACAUCGGAUUUGACUAUUUGCCGGCCGGACGACUCGGUGAAUCGCCUGGCUGAAAAAGGUGUCAAAAAGAGUUCUAGCGCUGGUGAGGGGGCACGGCCGAAGACCUUUAGUGGAGAUGCAGCCCAGCAACUGGUCGACUGUAAGGGUUGUGGCCGGCAGCAUGCAAGAGGCCGAUGUCCAGAUCAAAAUGUCACGUGUUUCUCGUGUGGAGUUAACGGCCACUUCUCGCGGCGUUGCCCAAGUCGCCGACAGCAGGCCGGGUCUCGAGUACCAAUUGGUGCAUCUGCAUCCAGCAUGGGAGGCACGCCUGCUCAAAAAGGUACUAAAAUGCAGCUUCACUCCAUGGAAGGGGUGCCCAGCGAGGGAACAGAAGAGCACUCAGUGGAGGAGUAUGUGUUCCAUGAACUGCGCCAUGAGCGACGUGCGGCGGCAACAGUGAGCGAGUGGAGUGAAACCUUGUCAGUGGAUGGCGUCAGCAUAACCGUCAAACUCGAUUUCGGAGCCUCGUGCAACGUCCUUCCACAGGAAGUGUUUCAUCGCUUGCCGACCAGACGUCAACGCCUCCGCCCUGGACCUCGUCUUCGUCGCUAUGGGGCCAAAAAUGGUUACUUAUCGGUUCUUGGAGUCCACACAGCAAAGGUGGUGGUAAAGGGCACUGUGCAUAUAGUGGACUUUGUAGUGGUGAAUGAACCGGGUCAGCCGUCAAUAUUGGGCCUCCCGUCCUGCCAAAGCCUUGACUUGAUUCGGCGUGUAAACUCGAUUCAGUCUGUAUCUCGGCCUCCCGUUCCCGCAGUCGUCACGGAGUUUUUAGAUGUCUUCACGGGGCUGGGAAAACUUCCGAUUGAGCACGUCAUCAAGUUGAGUACGGGGAGUAAUGCGGUGGAUCCGGUCGUCUCUCCCGCAGGGAGGAUUCCGUUCCGGUUGGAAGAACCGGUGUACCGGAAGCUUGACCAAAUGGUGGCGGACGGUAUCAUUGCUCCGGUGUCCGAGCCCACUGACUGGGUGAGCCGUAUGAUGGUUGUCAGCAAACCGGAUGGCGACGUUCGCAUCUGCAUCGACCCGUCUAGCUUAAACAAGGCUGUACUACGUCAACACUAUUCAAUUCCCACUGUCGAACAAUUAUUCGCCAAAAUUGGUAAAGCAAAGUUCUUCUGCAGCCUGGAUGCAGCGCAGGGUUUUUAUCAGAUUCUUCUGUCGGAGGAAUCGUCCUAUUUGUGCACCAUGGCAACCCCUCGGGGACGCUAUCGUUUUCUGCGCAUGCCCUUUGGCUUGAAGUCCGCGCCGGAAGUCUAUCUGCACACGAUGUCGGAGCUGUUUGGCGACCUCACAGGUGUUAUCACAUACUUUGAUGACUUCUUAGUCACGGGUGAAUCGAUGGAAGAGCUUCAGACCAACUUGCGCCAGGUCCUUACACGUUGCCGCCAGCACAACCUGAAGCUUCAAUUAAAGAAGUGCAAAUUCUUCCUAAAGGAGGUGCCUUGGCUGGGGCACGUAAUAGGGGAUGGUGUGGUAAAAGUGGACCCGUCGAAAGUGGAAGCAAUCGUUAAUAUGCCUGAACCCACAGAUAAGGCAGCCUUAGUCCGACUACUGGGAAUGGCCACCUAUUUGGAUAAGUUUUGUCCGAACCUCGCGGGUUUGACGCGUUCCCUACGUGAUUUGUUGAAGGAGUCGUCCGCCUGGGUCUGGGAGGAACCACAGAGAGCCGCAUGGGUCAAGCUUAAGGAAGCCAUGUCAUCGCUUCCGGCCUUGCGGCGCUUCGAUUUAGACCUACCGGCGGUGCUAUCGGUGGACGCUUCACCAACGGGGCUCGGAGCCGUGUUGCUGCAAAACGGUCAGCCCGUAGCAUACUCAUCGACCUCCCUCACCCCAACACAACAGCGAUAUUGCCAAUUGGAGAAGGAGCUGCUUGCCGUGCAAUUUGGACUCAUGCGGUUUAAGCAGUACGUCUUUGGCCAGCAAGUCACGGUGGAGUCCGACCACAAACCACUCGUUGGCCUACUGGACAAGCAAGUAGCCGACUGCUCCCCUCGCAUCCAAAGGAUGCGCCUUCAGCUUCAAAGUUUUGACUUUUGUCCGGUGUAUAAGCCAGGAAAAGAACUCUUCAUCGCCGACACCCUCAGCAGAGCUCAUUUGCCUGUGUUGUUUACAGAUGACGCCACGGAGGGUUGCCAGGAACAAGUUCAUGCCGUUUUAGACCAUGUCAUCCCUCUCCAGGAUACGCGAUCUCGUUACAGUCGAGCCACUGAAGAGGAUCCGGCUUUGAAAAUAGUCAAGGAAAUGCUGUUGACGGACUGGCCCGACAAAAAGAGUCACUGUCCACUCCCGGCCCGGCCGUAUUGGAAUGUGCACCACUCCCUCAGUGAAGUCGGCGGCAUCAUCCUUUAUGGAGAAAGACUCGUCGUUCCAGUAUCGCUGAGAAGAGAGGUAAUGGACGGCAUCCAUUUUGGUCACUUCGGUGAAGUGAAAUGCGUCAGGAGAGCAAAAUCGUCCGUCUAUUGGUCCGGUUGUGACGACCAGAUCCGUAACAUGGUGGCCAGCUGCCCAUCGUGUCAAGAAAAUCGGCAUAACAAUCCAGCAUAG